AUGAGUUCUAAAGUCGAAUUAUUGAUCACACUUGUUAAUAAAGGGGAAGAGAGUCAGCAAGAAAAUGCUCUAAAUAUAUAUAAUGAGCUCAUGGAAGACCCUGUUUCGUUCUAUUUUCAACUAGAAGAAAUUUUACGAUCAAAUAAAAACUCGUUAGUAAAGUAUCAAGCAUGUAACUUUAUGGAAAUCAUUCUUAGAACCAAGAUCGAUCAAUUUUCUCAAGAACAACUAGACCACUUAAGACAAGGAAUACCAGAUUUAUGUGAAAAACUCGAAAACGAUGACUUCAAGCAUUUCACAAUUAUUCCGAUGCGCCUUCUCAAAGGAUGUGAUCAGGAAUGGAGAGAUUUUUACGCAAAAACAACAGGUAAAUCUUAUUCUCUAGAACUCGCAAUCCAAAUGCAUGACCACUUAGAUAAAGAUGUCAUGCAACAGCCAAUUGUAAAUGAUACGAAAUUUGCCUUCAGUUAUAAAGAUCAACUCUGCAAUUCACCAAACAAAAUAGCGCCUAUCGUUUUUUGCAAAUUAAUUGGUUUAUACGCUUCGCUUUAUCCAGACCGUGCAGAAGAUAUCGUAGAUCAUCUCCCAAAGAUAUUGGAAAUGGCAAAGAAUUCAAGACAAUACGAUUAUUACCUUUUCAAUAUAUUUUGGAACCAACUUGGAAUUAUUUUCUCGGAGAUUGCCGCACAGAUUCCGAUAUUUUAUGACUUCGCAAACGUUGCUUUCGAAUAUUCAUCGGAUGAAUCUCUCAAUUUAUACUACAGACUUGUUCCCUUGUUCAUGUUUGGUAAGACUGUUAGAGAUAUUUCUAUGAUCUUGGUCUUAAAAUCACGAACAGUUUAA